AUGCGAGUCUGGAGAUUUCGAGCUGGGCGGUUUGACCGCUCUCGCCAGCGGAGACUCUCCGCUAUGCUCGACAGCUGCCGUGUUCUGCCUCGUUUCACCACUGAGUUUGAACAGCACCAAGCUUUCCCAGAGCCUGCAGAACAGCCUGAUGUACCCUGGCAAUAUUGGGCACCCGUGAACAAGACUGCCAAUGGAGAUUAUCGUAAGGAGCACAGAGAGAGGAGUCGCAGCCCAAUAGAGAGGGCUGCUGCCCCAACAAUGAGCCUUCAUGCCAAUCACAUGUAUGCCUCAAUCCCAAGCUUGACCGUGGAUCAACCUCUAGCACUGACCAAAAACAGCAUGGAUGCAACCCGGACAGUUGGCAUCACACCUACACUGACUUCUGUGGAACGGCAGCAGAACCGUCCAUCUGUCAUCACCUGUGCAUCUGCCAGUGCCCGGAACUGUAACCUCUCCCACUGCCCUGUUGCCCAUAGCAGCUGUGGCUCGGCCGUGCCUGCCUACCGGAGACCCUCCAGCACUACCGCUGCCUGCGACCCCGUGGUGGAAGAGCACUUCCGCCGAAGUCUUGGCAAGAAUUACAAGGAGCCUGAGCCAGUGGCAAACUCUGUGUCCAUCACAGGAUCGGUGGACGACCACUUCGCCAAAGCACUUGGGGAUACGUGGCUGCAGCUUAAAGCUGCAAAGGACGGAGUCUCGGGCAGUCCAGAGUCUGCUUCGCGGCGGGGACAGUCUUCCCCUUCUUCCCACAUGGUCAAUCACAAUCACUCGCCCUCUGUAGUCUCAUGAAGAGAGGAUUUUGGGGAUUUGCAUGGUUUGACUGAGCUUUGAGCAGUGCUUAAAAUAGUGUUGGGGGAGGGGAGGUUAGUUUUCAACACGUUUUUGUGUACUCACUUUUUAUGUGUAAAAGGGUGCCCUUAAAGACAACAGCAGGAACUAUUUCAUAAAGAUUCAUCUGAUGUAGCAUCCUUUUUUCCUGCCUCAAUUACCAAAGAAACCUCUGAUGCAAAUCUGCUGCCCCUUAAAAAAAAAAAAAAAAUAAUGCACGCUAAUCCACAAAAGCCAUUACAAAAUUACACUUAGUUGGUUGACCCAAAUGCCUUUUGCUUUUACUAGCGUCUUGAGACUAGAUUUUGUCUGGUUUGCUUACAUUGCUUUUGUUUUCUCUCUCUGUGAAGUAAUUUUGUAUGUAUAUACUUGAAAAGAAUUGUCAUGUCUGAUUUGCACUAUUGGAGGAGGAGGGAAGUUGCGUAGCAACUUUCUGGAAGAUGCUAAUACUUUGAGGGCAAACUGCUGAAAAAAGGGUUUAAGGAUGACAUUUCUAUCAGUUUGAUUUUUCUUAAAGCAAAACAGCUUUGGAAGGGGAAGUCUCAUACAGGUUAUAGGUCUUUCUCUCUUUAGAUUUCAGGUGCUUAGUGCUUGCAACUGGACUGCAUAAUUUACAGAACACGGGCAUUUUUUCCUAAACACUGCAGUUUGUUAGAAUAGAGCUGAGGUUGGAGGGUUCAAUAGUGCUUAACAAUGCAUGUUUUAUGAAAAAUAGCUGGUAUCUAUUAAUGUAUAGAAGUAAGAAUCAUAAUACUUAUUAGCUUUUCUUCAGAAUUAGUUUAUUUUUGUCAGUAACAAUCCUAGAUAUACUUACUGCUGGUACAGUUGUACUCUGAUAUUUGUAUUUGAUACUCACUUUAGUAGCAGCCAGCAAAAGAGGACCGCCUCAGGACAGGCCCAAGUGACGCCGUUUAGCAAUAGGUGGUGUGGUACAGGAUGCUAUAGCUUUGUGCAGGACUGAGUAAUUGUUUCUUUCUGCAGCACUGUCUGCUUAACGGGAAUUUGCUUCCUCAACUAAGUCUGUGUAAUCCACCCUUAACUAGCUGCAGAAACUGCUCCCGUUCCAUAGCUUGGCUGGACAACAGAUUGCUACAGUUUGUGAAAUACGAUCUUUGGUUUGUCUAAGCUUAUUCAUAAAGCUAUGCCAAGUUGCAGGAUACAUUCCUCCAUUAGAAGACUUUAUACAGGUAUUACUGCAUUUAUUACCAUUUGCUAUAUUAAUAGCUACUCACUAGAAAUUAGGCAGUAGAGGCAGGUGUAAAACCACAGCUGUGCUAGUGCUAAGAGCUUCUCUUCUUCCUGCUACGUGUAACUGCUCUCCCCCAUACAUUCCAUCUUCCCAGUACAGUUGCAGCUAGGGCUUUUUUUAUACGGGGUUACCUGAAAUGAUUGGUUCAGUGUAGAAAGUUAGAACUAGUUGGAAGAUGAGCUACACAUGAUGUAUUAUGGACUAUGUUACAGUAUUGGGUCCAUUGUGGCUUUGAUUUUAUGUUGUGGUUUUUUUUUUUUUUUAAAGUUAAGCUAUUUAAUUUGGAAAAGGUGCAGGGUAGAAAGAGGUUGGGAGACUGGCUCUUACUCUCAUUGAGAAGGUGGCUGCUCAGUUUUCUUGAAAAA